AUGAAUUCUUACCUUUUACUUGAAAUUCAUCUCGAUCGGCCAGAACCAAUAGGAUUAGGUCUUUGGGAUCCUCCUAGUGGCCUUCCUUGUAGCCUUUCUUGUGGCCUUUCUCAUGGCCUUCCUAGUGGCCUUUCUAGUGGCCUUCCUUGUGGCCUUUCUUGGGGCUGCUCUUAA